UUGAAAACAUCCCUGAACAGCUGGCAGCGUUCUGCGUGACCUUUGACCCAUAGGUGGGUGCCUAGCUGUGAAUAAUUAGCCUGAAGGGGCGUAAUAACUGUGCUUUAUCUGGGGCUAAAGCUCACAUCCAGUGGGUCAGUCCUAAACCAAUGAAAAGCUUUCUAUUUCUCAGAUGAAACGCAAAAGAAACAAACUGCAUUCCAAACGUCCUUGAUCAAUUGGCAGAAAAUAAAUAAAUCCAGAUUUUGACAAUGAUGACUUGUGUUUUAUGGUAACUUCUGGGUUAUUUCGGAGCACCUGAACGCACCAUCAGAUUCGGUCUAAGUGAGGUUGUUGGUUCGCGGAGUUUUGGGGCAGUUUCAGACUCCAGAGUGUCCCUGAAGUACACACCUUGCAGCUGAGCUUCCACUGAGCUGAGGAGCGGCAGUCCGGCUUGUCAGACACCGUGGAGAGGACGCAGAGGACCGGCAGCAAGAUGGACAUGUACGGGACCACCGCCGAUACCGAGACCCGGUCCGGGUCCGGGUCUGAUGACCUCAUCUUCUUCGUAAACGGGAAGAAGAUUGUCGAAAAAAACGCAGAUCCUGAGAUGACCCUGCUGACGUAUCUGAGGAGGAAAUUGGGUCUAACAGGAACUAAACUGGGUUGUGCUGAAGGAGGAUGUGGAGCCUGCACCGUCAUGCUGUCCAGAUACCAAACACACACUCAACAGCUGCUUCACUACGCUGUCAACGCCUGCCUCGCCCCCCUCUGUUCCCUACACCUGGUCGCCGUGACAACUGUUGAAGGCAUUGGCAGCGUGGCGAGAAAACUACAUCCUGUACAGGAGCGAAUAGCGAGAUCUCACGGCUCCCAGUGUGGUUUCUGUACUCCGGGGAUCGUCAUGUCCAUGUACGCUCUGCUGAGGAACAACGCCACUCCCAAAAUGGCCGACGUGGAAGAAGCCUUCCACGGGAAUCUGUGCCGUUGCACCGGAUACAGACCCAUACUUGAAGGAUACAAGACUUUCACUGUGGAGGGCGGGUGCUGCGGUGGCAGGGGGCGGGACAACGGCUGCUGUCUGGCCAAUGGGAACACAGCUGAGAAACCUUUAGAGGAAGACGAUGAUGAAUCACCAUCUUUAUUCAACGCUGCGGACUUUGCACCCUUUGACCCGACACAGGAAAUCAUCUUCCCUCCUGAACUCAUGUCUCUCACCAAAGGUCAGGGGUCGGCCUCGCUGCGUUUCCACGGCGACAGGGCGACGUGGCUGCAGCCCGCCAGCCUGGACGAGUUCCUGCGUCUGAAAUGGAAACAUCCGGACGCCAGAGUGGUGGUCGGGAACACGGAAGUGGGUAUCGAGGUGAAGUUUAAGAACAUGGUUUAUCCCGUCAUCUUGGCUCCGGCCUUCAUCCCUGAACUCAACGCUGUCACACACACGGAGGACGGGGUGGUGUUUGGUGCAGCGUGCACUCUCAGCCACAUGGGGGCGGUGCUGAGGCAGGAAGUGGAGACGCGUCCUCCUCAUCAGACCCAAGUCUUCCUCGCCGUCCUGGAGCAGCUGCGCUGGUUCGCCGGGCUGCAGAUCCGCAACGUAGCGGCUGUUGGUGGGAACAUCAUGACAGCCAGCCCCAUAUCAGACCUCAACCCUGUCUUCAUGGCAGCAGGCUGCAGACUCACACUGAUGGACAGAGAUGGGAGCCGUGUGGUCCGGAUGGACGAGGGUUUCUUCUGCGGCUACAGGAAGACGAGCGUGCGGCCGCAGGAAGUCCUGCUGUCCAUCGAGAUCCCGUACAGCAAGAAGACUCAGUUCGUCUCUGCCUUCAAACAGUCGCCUCGCCGGGAGGAUGACAUCAGCACUGUUACCGCGGCAAUGAGCGUCACCUUCGCCCCAGGGACCGCCGUCGUGGAGGACUUGAGGCUGAGCUACGGCGGCAUGGCGGCCGUCACCGCACUGGCGGGGAAAACGGCCGCCAGACUACUGGGAAGGCGGUGGGGGGAGGAGCUUCUGCAGGAUGCUUGCUCCUCAUUGGCUGAGGAGAUGACCCUGGACCCGUCAGCGCCGGGCGGCAUGGUGACGUACCGGAGAACUCUGACCCUCAGCCUCUUCUACAAGUUCUACCUCACGGUGCUGCACAAGCUCAGAGAACAGGGACUGAAUGUGGAGGCGGUCCCGUCCGACUGCCUGAGUGCUGCCGAGGUCUAUCAUCCUGAGACGCCGUCUGGCGUUCAGAUCUACCAGGCGGUGCCAGAGGGGCGGGGCCAGGACGACGUGGUGGGCCGUCCCAUGAUGCACCUGUCGGCCCUGAAGCAGGCGACGGGCGAGGCGGUUUACUGUGACGACGUGCCGCUGUACGAGAACGAGCUGUACCUGGCACUGGUCACCAGCAGCAAGGCUCACGCUCACAUCCUCUCCAUAGACUCCUCUGUUGCCGAGGCGAUGCCUGGCGUGGCGUGCUGUGUGUUUGCCGAGGACAUCCCCGGCAGCAACGCCGUCGGACCGAUCACGUACGACGAAACCGUCCUCGCCGACGGCCAGGUGACGUGUGUCGGUCACAUCAUCGGCGCCGUGGUGGCCGACACUCAGCUCGCCGCUCAGAGGGCCGCCAAGGCCGUCAGGAUCCAGUAUGAGGAGCUGCCACACAUCAUCACCAUCCAGGAAGCCAUCGCAGCCCAGUCCUUCUAUCAGCCAAUCAGAACCAUCGAGAGUGGAGACCUGGAGGCGGGGUUUAAACAGGCCGAUCACAUCCUGGAGGGUGAGAUGCACAUUGGAGGUCAGGAACAUUUCUACCUGGAGACCAACGUUACUCUGGCUGUUCCCAAAGGAGAAGACGGAGAGAUGGAGCUCUUUGUUUCUACUCAGUCAGCCUCCAAAACACAGCUGCUGGUAGCGAAGGUCCUGGGCGUCCCUGCUAACCGUGUGGUGGUCCGGGUGAAGAGGAUGGGUGGGGGCUUCGGGGGGAAGGAGACCAGAACCACCGUGUUGUCCACCGUGGUCGCCGUGGCGGCAAACAAGCUGAAGAGACCUGUGAGGUGCAUGUUGGACAGAGAUGAAGACAUGUUGGUCACUGGAGGACGCCACCCUUUCUACGGGAAAUACAAGGUGGGUUUCCUAAACAGCGGUAAAGUUGUAGCUCUGGACGUAUCCUACUACAGUAACGCUGGAAACUCCAUGGACCUGUCUCUGUCGAUCGUGGAGCGUGCUCUGUUCCACAUGGAGAACUCGUACAGCGUGGCUAACGUGCGCGGCCGCGGCUUCGUGUGCCGCACCAACCUGCCGUCUAACACGGCCUUCAGGGGCUUCGGGGGGCCGCAAGGCAUGAUGGUCACGGAGAGCUGGAUGACAGACGUGGCUCAGAGCCUGGGACGUCCCGCAGAGGAGGUGCGGCGCUUGAACCUGUAUGUUGAAGGAGAGUCGACGCCCUACAACCAGAUCCUGGAUCAGCUGACCCUGGACCGCUGCUGGGACCAGUGUCUGCAACGCUCGGGGUACCAGCAGCGCCGCGCCGCCGCCGACCUCUACAACAGACAGAACCGUUGGACCAAACGAGGCCUCGCCAUCGUUCCCACCAAGUUUGGCAUCAGCUUCACAGCCGCCUUCCUCAACCAGGCUGGAGCUCUGGUCCAUAUCUACACAGACGGCUCGGUGCUGUUGACUCACGGUGGGACUGAGAUGGGCCAGGGACUCCACACCAAGAUGGUCCAGGUAGCCAGCAGGGUUCUGGGUAUCCCGUGUUCUAAGAUCCACAUCUCUGAGACCAGCACCAACACGGUCCCCAACACCAGCCCCACCGCCGCCUCCGCCUCCUCCGACCUCAACGGGGCCGCCGUGGUCAACGCCUGCCAGACCCUCCUCCAACGCCUGGCGCCCUACAAGACCCUCAACCCCAAAGGAUCAUGGGAAGACUGGGUGAAAGCUGCGUAUUUCGACAGAGUCAACCUGAGUGCCAACGGUUUCUACAAGACGCCAGAUCUGGGUUACAGCUUUGACACAAACUCUGGCCGAGCGUUCAACUACUUCACGUACGGAGUGGCGUGCUCAGAGGUGGAGAUCGACUGUCUGACCGGAGCUCACAAGAACCUGAGUACCACGAUAGUGAUGGACGUCGGUCACAGCCUCAACCCCGCCAUCGACAUCGGACAGGUGGAGGGGGCCUUCAUGCAGGGUCUGGGUCUCUUCACCCUGGAGGAGCUGCAUUAUUCCCCCCGUGGCGUCCUCCUGACUCGGGGUCCUGGUUCCUAUAAGAUCCCGGCGUUCGGGGACAUUCCCACGCAGCUCACCGUCUCUCUGCUACGGGACGCACCAAACGACAAGGCUAUCUUCGCCUCCAAGGCUGUGGGCGAGCCUCCUCUCUUUCUGGCGGCGUCUGUUUUCUACGCCAUCAAAGACGCCAUCAGCGCUGCCCGGGUGGAGUCAGGCGUCAGCGGGCCCUUCAGGCUGGACAGCCCCGCCUCGGCCGAGAGGAUCCGCACCGCCUGCUGCGACAGAUUCACCAAACUGUGUCCUCCGGCAGAACCCGGGACCUUCACCCCCUGGUCUGUUCAGGUCUAGGACCAGAGAGAGACCACCUCCCUAACCAGACUGACCAGACAUUUUCUACACGCACACGAUCCUGCCGGAUCAGGACUUAAUUCUUAAUUAAUUAAUUCUUAUCUUAUAUUAAACUUAUAAACUUUAAACAUAUAUAAACAGGGUGUCUCCUCUCCCAGCGUGCGUGCGUGCAUACGUGCAUGCGCCUAAUCACGUGUCUCGAGACAGCUGAGAAGUCAGAGUCAAAAUAACCGUAAAUCUGGGUGUUUUAUUUUGAAAGAUAUCCGGCUGCUGCUGAACUUCCUGUAUGUGAUCGCCUGCCUGGCUCGACACGUAAAAAACAACCUAGAGGAGACGCCGAAAUGAUUGCUGCUACUGAAGUUUAGGUAACUUUACUUGAAGGUGACACAGGCACUUGUUAUGUCAUGAAUGUUUAUAACUUGUUCAUAACUUGUUUAUAAUGUUUAUGACAGUGUCAUGUCACUCUUAUGUAGAUACCUUCAAGUUAAGUGUAACCCAAAUUUUUUGAAAUUUUUUUCAAUAGAAAAUAUUUCUGGUACAGGAUAUUAAAUCUAUA